AACUGCUAUCCACAAAAUUAAGGCUCCUCUCUCUCUCUCUCUCUCUGUUAUUAUUAGUUGGCUUCCCGCUUAAUUAAAGAGUAGUGUUCUUUUCUUGAUAAAAGGGUCUUUCUUUUUCAUAGUCAAAACCAUCACACACAUGAGCGGAAUAGUGUUUCAUCAGCUAUCUCACCAUUCCAAUCUAACUGAUACUCUACCCAGAAACAGUGCCCAAUUUUCAAUUUCUUAUUCUAAAUUUCACUCUAGUACGUUUAGAUUUCUUCCUUAUGCUUCCUCUUCUUCUUCUGCAUCUGUCAGCAGCGCUGAGCAGUGGUUGGACCCAAAAACACCGCCACAGCAACGAAAGAAGAGAAUAGCUGGCAUUGAUCAAGAUGAACUAUUGGACCCUCAACAUUUAGCAGAUCCAGACAGCUGCUUUUGUGAGUUUAAAGGAGUACACUUGCACCACAAGCUCUACUCUGCAGAUGAAUCACAACCCCAUACUCACUCUACUUCUCUCAAGAUUGCCCUUCCUAUUAUCUUAUUACAUGGCUUUGGAGCUUCUGUUUUCUCUUGGAGCCGAGUUAUGAAGCGCCUUGCGGAGGUUGCAGCUUCCAAAGUUCUUGCAUUUGACAGACCUGCCUUUGGAUUAACAUCCAGGCUUCAUUCAUCCUCUGCUACAACCACAUUGAACCCAUACUCCAUGGCUUUCUCCGUGCUUGCUACCUUGUAUUUCAUUGAUUUCUUGGCAUCUGAUAAGGCUAUUCUAAUCGGGCACUCUGCUGGUUCUCUUGUGGCUGUCAAUUCAUAUUUUGAGGCUCCAGAAAGAAUUGCAGCUCUAAUUCUUGUUGCCCCAGCAAUAAUUGCUCUGAGCUCUGGAAGAAAUGAAACAGGACGGGAUACCCAGGAUAAACGAAAAGGAUCAAAUUCAAAUAUGUUCAGUAAUCAAUUUAUCAAGCUUUUGGAGAUUGUAUCAAAGUUUACAGCAAAAGUCACUCAGGCAAUAAUGCAAAUGGUUAAGGGAAUGACAGAUAUGCUCAAAUCUUUGUAUAAGAAAGUGCUGUCAACUAUUUUGUGCUCUGCCCUUGGUGUAAUGCUGAUAAGGAUGUUAAUUGAUAAAUUUGGUAUAGCGGCAGUAAAAAUUGCUUGGUACGAUUCAAAUCAAGUCACAGAACAUGUUCUGGACGGUUACACAAAGCCUCUGAGAGCUAAGGGCUGGGACAAGGCUCUUGCAGAAUUUACUGCAGCAACACUUGCAAGUUCUGUCUCUGAUUCAAAGCCACCACUUUCAAGAAGACUUCAUGAAAUCUCAUGUCCUGUUCUGAUCAUCACCGGUGACAAUGAUCGAAUUGUUCCAGCUUGGAAUGCUACGAGACUUUCAGAAGCAAUACCUGGAUCUUGCCUCAAAGUAAUUAAGCAUUGUGGCCAUUUGCCCCAUGAAGAGAAAGUUGAAGAGUUUGUUUCAGCUGUCGAGAAGUUUCUGCAAAAAGCUUUUGCUGAUUCAAAGGGACCGUCAAAGGAGCCAUCUGUUCCAGCAACCAGUUAAAAUUUGUGCUAGAACCAUAUAUCCGUUCCUACUAAAAUUUAAAAGCUUAUAACGAAGCAGCAAAAAAGAAACCAAAUAUAUGUGAAAGGUGUCAUUCUAAAGGUCAUUGUUUCCAUCGAGAUUAUGAAAUUUGUACAAUCUGAUACUCAAACCAGGUAACUAAACAAUGAGGUGAAUGUAAUAUUUGCAUGGCCAUCCAACUGUAUACUUGAUUAUUGUGGUUAUACAGUGGUUGUAUAAUAAUUGUGAAGAUGCUGAAGUUCUUCUCA